AUGUCCUCUGCGACGACACUUCCGGACGGCUACCAGGCUCCUGCAGCGCUGCUCGAUGCGAGCCAUCAUGGCGCAUGGGUCCACAUCACCAAUGGCUUUGGCCUGGUCGUGAUCCUGAUAUCGCUGGCGAUCAGGACGUAUAUUCGAAUCAAAGUCAGCCCCCCGUUCAAGUAUGAUGAUAUCGCUCUGGCGGGCGCGACAGCACUCUGUGUCAUCCAAGCUGGACUGGUCUUCGCCCAGGUCAGCGCUGGAUUCGGCACCUCGAUUGACUUGCUCGGCGAUGGUGCCAUUGUCAAGAUUGAAAAGCUUGGAUACGCCGCAGAUGUCAUGUACUUCUUCACCAUCUACACCAGCAAAGCAUCUGUCGUCAUGCUCUUUGCCCGAAUCUCGGUCAUUCAAACACACAAAACUAUUGCUCGGAGUAUUCUUGUAUUGUGUGUGCUGUUCGGCCUCGUCUCUCUCCUGCUAUGUGCACUGAGAUGCGAUCUCAAUCACCCUUGGAAGUCAUUCGGAGAGCAUUGUUCGAGCUUGGAGGCGCAAGCUACUGCGGUAGCCGCCUUCGAUAUUCUCACUGAGUUGAUGCUCUUCUCAAUCAGCGUGAUGCUGGUCUGGGACUUACAAACAGCUGUGAUGAAUAAAUGUCGGGUGGUGCUCGCCUUCGGUAUUCGCUUCCCUGUCAUUACAGUUAUAAUCCUUCGUCUGAUCUCCAUCCGGCAUCUUCAACAUUCCACAAAUCCUACGCUGGACGGAGCUCUCACGGCAAUCUUCACUCAGGUCGAAAUCUUCUACGGUCUCAUGGCAGCAACGGUACCGUGUCUCCGACCGUUUCUCGCAGGCUUCUCCACCAAUUAUGGUGCCAUGAACCAGACGACCGUCAUUGGAGGAUCUCAGAUUGGACUGCAAAGCCAGGACACUUCUGCGGCGCCCAAAGGCAACAGCUUCAUCAUGUCGCCCGUCACAAGCAAAGAACGGCCAUCCCGGCUGUCGAUGCUCAAGGGCAAGAUCUCGCAAGCGGCCAGGCGCGACACGGGCACGAGUAUCUCCAAUGAGACCUUCCGACCCGAUCAAACGGGCACGGAGACGCAGGUGCGUGGUGGGUAUGAUUCGCGAAGCAUCGGUAGCGAGGCCAGUACGAAGAUGAUUAUUAAGAAGCAAAUGCACUUCCAUGUGGAUAGUGAGCAUGAGAAUGAGGGUGACAGGUAUGCAGUGAGCCUGUUCCCGUCCUUCAUCCUCACCGGCAGCGACGCAGUAAGGACUGUAAGGUACAGGUAUCGGCCAAAAUCAUCUAUCUCCUACUUCCAGGCUGGUAGAGGUAGCCUGGUAGGACGACCCCCAGCCCAGCCAUCCGCCCAGGGCCGAGGAUGCCGAAACGGCGGAGUCAGGCAUGUCCAUAUACCACUACAGGACAGAGAGAAAGCCGUCAAUCUUUGGAAGUCCUAA